AUGAAUCUACCUGUUGGAGAUUUGAGCAGCUGGGGUACAGGCGUCAACAAUUUUGGCGCACAGCUCCAAGUCCCGGCCAUUGCCGGUGGCCUCAUAAGAUCGCAAGCACAUCAAAGCUGUCCCCAUCAAACCAGUAUAAACCGUCGGGGAGACGGCGGCUCUGAGAAAAGCAUCAGCCGGCGGCGAAAGGUCGGAGGCCGCCGAAUCACAGCCAGGUCGGAGAAGUUUGAGCUGCUCAUCUCCGUCUUCAUGGCCGUUGUUCAUGUUGUUGCUGCCUUGCGAAAGAUAGUCUGCCACCCAAGACGACAUUAUCUCUCUCUAAAUUGCUGA